GAGGACAGCUCCCGUCAUCUCUGCCGUGCUACAACCGAACUGGCGAGCCCGCGCGAGUGGGACGGGUCAGCGUCCGCAAAUGUCCCCGAACCUGCAGGUUUGGCUCUGUCAUGGCCUCCACACCCCCUCAUAAGUGAGCAUUAUGGAUUAGUGGAGGGGAGGCGACUGUAAAUCCCCACUGUUGUGCUGAUCUGGAUUUAAACGCUGGACAGAUAAAUUGUCAUUUGAAGAUAGUAGCAGGCGAGCCGGGACAAUGGAUACGAACAUGCGCAAAUUUACGGUGAGAAGAUGGUUUUCCGUGUACCUGCGCGGAAAGUCGCGGUCCAAAAGCUCGAGUUUAUGCAAACUAGAGGAUGACAGCAUCUUAAAGGAGUUUGAUAUCAGCCAUCAUGUGAAAGAGGGCUUUGAGAAAGCAGACCCGUCACAGUUCGAGCUGCUCAAGGUGUUGGGUCAGGGCUCCUACGGAAAGGUGUUCUUGGUGAGAAAAAUCAGAGGUUCAGAUACAGGACAACUCUAUGCCAUGAAGGUCUUGAAGAAAGCAACACUAAAAGUGCGGGACAGAGUGAGAUCGAAAAUGGAGCGAGACAUUCUCGCAGAAGUGAAUCAUCCCUUCAUUGUCAAACUCCACUAUGCCUUUCAGACAGAAGGAAAGCUGUACCUAAUAUUGGACUUUCUCAGAGGGGGAGAUCUUUUCACACGCCUAUCCAAAGAGGUAAUGUUUACCGAGGAAGAUGUGAAGUUCUAUUUGGCUGAGCUGGCCUUGGCUUUGGAUCAUCUUCAUAGUCUGGGCAUCAUCUACCGUGAUCUUAAACCAGAGAACAUUCUCCUUGAUGAAGAAGGCCACAUAAAGAUCACAGAUUUUGGCCUGAGCAAAGAGGCAAUCGACCAUGACAAACGAGCGUACUCCUUCUGCGGGACCAUCGAGUACAUGGCCCCAGAGGUGGUCAAUAGACGAGGUCACACUCAAAGUGCUGACUGGUGGUCCUUCGGCAUCUUAAUGUUUGAAAUGCUGACUGGAUCCCUGCCAUUUCAAGGCAAAGACCGCAAAGAGACAAUGGCACUUAUUCUCAAGGCAAAACUCGGCAUGCCGCAGUUCCUCAGCCCAGAAGUCCAGAGUUUACUGCGGGCUCUUUUCAAAAGAAACCCUUCCAAUAGAUUAGGCGCAGGACCUGAUGGAGUGGAAGAAAUCAAGCGGCAUAAAUUUUUCGCAACAAUAGACUGGAAUAAAUUGUACAGACGAGAAAUCAAGCCUCCGUUCAAACCAGCAGUGGGCCGACCAGAGGACACAUUCCAUUUUGAUCCUGAGUUUACGUCCCGCACGCCGACAGACUCACCCGGAGUUCCAGCCAGCGCUAACGCACACCAGCUCUUCCGCGGCUUCAGCUUUGUGGCCUCUAACCUGGAUGAAGAACAGCCACUGGCCGAGACCAAGCAAAAUUCUGUUAACCCCAUUGUAAGGCAACUUCAUGGCAACAACAUUCAUUUCACUGACGGCUAUGAGUUGAAGGAGGAUAUCGGCAUUGGAGCGUAUUCGGUCUGCAAACGUUGUGUCCACAGAAUCACCAGUGUGGAGUAUGCUGUCAAAAUUAUUGACAGAGCCAAGAAGGACCCGUCUGAAGAGAUCGAGAUUCUUCUGAGAUACGGCCAGCACCCAAACAUCAUUACUCUGAAAGAUGUCUAUGAUGACGGCAAGUUUGUGUAUCUGGUGAUGGAGCUGAUGAGAGGAGGAGAGCUGCUGGACCGGAUCCUGCGGCAGAAGUGCUUCUCAGAGCGCGAGGCCUCAGCUGUGCUCUGCACCAUCACCAAGACUGUGGAGUAUCUGCAUUCGCAGGGGGUUGUGCAUCGAGACUUGAAGCCCAGUAACAUCCUGUAUGUCGAUGAAACAGGCGACCCAGAGUCCAUCAGAAUAUGUGAUUUUGGGUUUGCCAAACAGUUAAGGGCUGAAAAUGGUCUGCUCAUGACACCGUGCUACACUGCAAACUUUGUGGCCCCAGAGGUCCUGAAGAAACAGGGAUAUGAUGCCGCCUGUGAUAUCUGGAGCCUGGGAAUCUUACUGUACACCAUGCUGGCAGGUUUCACACCCUUCGCUAACGGCCCUGACGACACACCAGAAGAGAUCUUGGCUCGCAUUGGCAGUGGGAAAUUUGCCCUGUCAGGAGGCAACUGGGACACGGUGUCUGAGGCAGCCAAGGACAUUGUAACUAAAAUGCUGCAUGUGGACCCCCAUCAGCGGCUGACGGCACCUCUUGUUCUCAGACAUUCCUGGAUAGUGAACCAUGAUCAGUUAUCUCAGAGCCAGCUGAUCAGACAAGAUGUGCAACUGGUGAAGGGGGCGAUGGCUGCCACAUACUCCGCUUUGAAUCGGUCACCUCAGGCCCCAAAACUGGAGCCAGUGCUUUCUUCCUGUCUGGCUCAGAGAAGAGGCAUGAAAAGACUCACAUCCACUCGUCUAUAGCACUCCAGCCAGACACAUGAGCUUCUACAGCUUUAAGAAAUGUCAGAGCGCGCAGGCUUCGGACAAGGCACCAGGCGACCGCCAAAGCAUCCGGAGCAGAGUGGAAAAAUUUGAUUGACCACAGAGUGUCAGAGCAAUCUCCAAAGAGUGAAAAAUGAUCUGCCAAGUGUCUCUGCUGAUGUCAAGAGAUCGAUGAGGGCCAGAUGCAAACAUCACGGCUGUCAGGGCUCAAAAACAGCUCUUUCAGAGCGUGACGCAGGGUUUGUGUGUGUGUGUGUGUGUGUGCACCCCUGUGAAUUUCAGGUGUGUGCAUCUUGAAGUGUUUAGUUUUAAUGGUGCAUAACAAAGAUCGCAGUUAUUGUUCCCAAACUGUGUGCAGUCGGUUGCAAAGCCAGUCGUUCAUAAAAGUUGCUACUACUUGCUGCAGACACUUCAGUUAGAGCCAUGUAGAAGUUAGUAGAAGAUGCUUUGGUCUAUCAUGGUGACAGUGCUGCACCUUAAGCUAUGUGCCAGCAUCUUUUGAACAUGCAUGCCAUGUACAGUAUGUAUUUUUAUGACAAACUAAUGGUUCUAACAUGCUAGUGAAAGCACAAAGAGCAUUGUUCAUGUUGUUUUUGGUUUACUAGUAACCUUCUUUAAUGUCCCAGUUUUACUCUGUUUUGUCUGAUUUCAUUGGUCUUAUGUAAUGCUGAGGCUACACAAAACAGCUGUUUUUAAUUCUGUUUUUUUUUUCAUCUUGCGUAU